AUGUUCGCCAUUUUUCAACGCUUCUUGGACUGGUUACGAAGUCUUUUCUGGAAAGAGGAACUCGAGCUCACUCUUGUGGGUUUGCAGUAUUCAGGAAAAACUACAUUUGUCACAGUGAUUGCUUCUGGACAAUUCUCUGAAGAUAUGAUUCCCACUGUUGGCUUCAAUAUGCGAAAAGUAACCAAAGGAAAUGUUUCAAUUAAAAUUUGGGAUAUUGGCGGACAGCCCAGGUUCCGCUCGAUGUGGGAAAAGUACUGUCGAGGAGUGAAUGCCAUUAUUUACAUGGUGGAUGCAGCUGAUCAGUCCAAAAUUGAAGCGUCGCGAACUGAAUUGCACAGUCUUCUUGGCAAACCUCAACUGGACGGAAUUCCUGUUUUGGUGCUAGGCAACAAAAAAGAUCUUCCUGGUGCACUAGACGAGAAGCAGCUGAUUGAACAACUCGAUUUGGGCUCCUUGCAAGAUCGCGAAAUAUGCUGCUAUUCCAUUUCUUGCAAAGACAAGACAAAUAUUGACAUAACUCUGCAGUGGCUGAUCAACCACUCGGGUUCUGGCACGCGCUGA